AUGUCGAAGAACAAAUCAAUUGAAGAGAGGUACCAAAAGAAAUCUCAAAUAGAACAUAUUUUGCUGAGACCAGACACGUAUAUAGGAAGUGUUGAAAUGCACACACAGCUACUAUGGGUAUGGAAUAAAGAAAGGAAUCGGAUGAUACAGAAAAGUAUUACAUAUGUACCUGGAUUGUAUAAAAUUUUUGACGAAAUUAUUGUAAACGCUGCAGAUGUAAAAGCUAGAGAAAAGGAGAAAAGUGAGAAUCCUAUGACUUGCAUAAAAAUAGAAAUUAAUAAGGAACAAAAGAAAAUAAGUGUAUAUAAUGAUGGAGAGGGAAUUCCUGUAGAAAUACAUAAAGAAAUGAAUAUAUAUGUUCCCCAUAUGAUUUUUGGGGAAUUACUAACUUCAGAUAAUUAUGAUGAUGCAGAGGAUAGAAUAACAGGUGGUAGAAAUGGAUUCGGUGCAAAACUAACGAAUAUUUUUAGCAAAGAAUUUGUAGUUCAAUGUGGUGAUAGUUCAAGAAAAAAAGAAUUUAAAAUGGUAUGGACUGAUAAUAUGUCUAAAAUUUCUGAACCACUUAUAAAAAAUUACAAUGGAAAGGACUAUGUUAAGGUUACUUUCAAACCAGAUUUAUCAAAAUUUGGUAUGACUGAAAUGGACGAUGAUAUUGAGAGUUUAUUGUGUAAAAGAGUGUAUGAUUUGGCUGGAACGUGUAGUGUUCGUGUAUAUUUGAAUGGAAAUCGAUUAGGUAUUAAAGAUUUCAAAAGUUAUGUUGAUUUAUAUUUGAAAGAUAAUGCUGGUGUAAAUACUGGAAAGAGCAAUGCAAAUAAUGGUAAUAAGGAUGAUCAGACAGUAGAAGGUGGAGAAAAAAGCAUAAACUUAGAUUUAAGUGCAAAUCAAACAAUGGAAAAUUUAGAUAAUAGCUUAUUACAAAAUUCUGGGGAUGCAACACCAGCAAAGAGUAAUGCAGGAAAUGGUAAUAACAAUAAUGAUGAAGAGGAGGUUGUAAAGAUACAUGAGAAACAACAUCGAUGGGAAAUUGUUGUUUCUAAGACAGAUGGUUCACAAUUCCAACAAGUAUCUUUUGUUAAUAGUAUAUGUACAACCAAAGGUGGGUCACAUGUAAAUUAUAUUGUAGAACAGUUAUUAAAUUCCCUUAGUAAAAAAGCGAAUGCUAAGAAUAAAGGAGGAAUGGAAAUUAAAGCAGGUCAUAUAAAAAAUCAUUUAUGGGUUUUUGUAAACUGUUUAAUUGUAAACCCAACAUUCGAUUCUCAGACAAAAGAAACAUUAACAACCAAACCGGCCAAAUUUGGCAGUAAAUGUAUACUAACAGAUAGGACUAUAAAUAGUGUAUUGAAAAGUCCCAUAUUGAGUAAUAUUUUAUUAUGGGCCCAAGCAAAAGCUCAGGUUGAAUUAAGAAAAAAAAUGAAAGCAGGUUCAUCAAAGGCUAGAGAAAGAAUCAUAGGAAUUCCUAAGUUAGAAGAUGCAAAUGAUGCAGGUAGUAAGCAUAGUCAAGAUUGCACUUUAAUACUUACAGAAGGGGAUAGUGCAAAGACAUCAUGCUUAGCUGGUUUGUCAAUUGUUGGUAGAGACAAGUAUGGUGUAUUUCCACUUAAAGGAAAAUUACUAAAUGUUAGGGAUGCAUCUUUUAAGCAAUUAAUGGAUAAUAAGGAGAUCCAAAAUAUUUUUAAGAUUAUGGGAUUAGACAUAACAGAUAAGAAUAAAGAUGAUUUAAAGGGCCUUAGAUAUGGUUCUCUUAUGAUUAUGACAGAUCAAGAUUACGAUGGUUCACAUAUUAAAGGGUUACUAAUUAAUAUGAUUCAUAAAUUUUGGCCUAGUUUAUUAAAACAUAAAGGUUUUCUUAGUGAAUUUGUAACUCCAAUUGUGAAAGUUCAAAAGGGAAAUCAAGAAUAUUCAUUUUUCACUAUAGCAGAAUAUGAACAAUGGAAAGAAAAUACUAAUUUACUUGGAUGGAAAAUAAAAUAUUACAAAGGACUUGGUACAUCUACAGAUAAAGAAUUUAAACAAUACUUUUCUGAUAUUAAAAACCAUAAGAUAAUGUUCCUUUGGACAGGUGAUAGAGAUGGUGAUUCUAUUGACAUGGCUUUUAGUAAGAAACGAAUUGAAGACAGAAAAUUAUGGUUACAAAAUUUUAUUAUUGGUUCUUAUGUAGAUCAUAAGGAAAAGGAUUUGUCAUACUAUGAUUUUGUCAAUAAGGAACUUAUUUAUUAUUCUAGAUAUGAUACAGAGAGAAGUAUUCCAAAUAUAAUGGAUGGGUGGAAACCCGGACAGAGGAAAGUGCUCUAUGGUUGUUUCAAGAGAAAUUUAAAAAAUGAAUGUAAAGUUGCACAGCUUGUUGGUUACAUAGCGGAGCAUAGUGCAUAUCAUCAUGGAGAAUCAUCUCUACAACAAACUAUUAUUAACAUGGCGCAGACUUUUGUUGGGUCUAAUAAUAUAAACUUUUUAGAACCAUGUGGGCAAUUUGGUAGCAGAAAAGAGGGAGGAAAAGAUGCAUCUGCAGCAAGGUAUAUUUUUACAAAAUUAGCUACCUCUACUAGAAGUAUAUUUAACGAGUAUGAUGAUCCAAUAUUGAGAUAUCUAAACGAGGAAGGUCAAAAAAUAGAACCACAAUAUUACAUUCCAGUUAUUCCAACAAUUCUAGUCAACGGCUGUGAAGGUAUUGGAACGGGUUACUCUUCCUCCAUACCCAAUUAUAACUAUAAAGAUAUUAUUGAAAAUAUUAAGCGUUAUAUUAACAAAGAACCACUACUACCCAUGAUCCCUUGGUACAAGGAUUUCAAAGGAAGAAUAGAAUAUAAUGGAAAGACUGGAUAUGAGACCAUAGGAAUAAUUAACAAAAUAGAUGAUGAAACGUUGGAAAUUACAGAAUUGCCCAUUAAGAAAUGGACACAGGAUUAUAAAGAAUUUUUAGAGGAAUUAUUAACAGAUGAAAAACAUCAGUUGAUAGUAGAUUACAUAGAUAACAGUUCACACGAAGACAUAUGUUUUACUAUUAAAAUGGAUCCAGCUAAGCUAAAAAAAGCUGAAGAAGAAGGAUUAGAAAAAGUAUUCAAAUUGAAAAGUACAUUAACUACUACAAAUAUGACUUUGUUUGAUCCCAAUCUGAAACUACAAAGAUAUUCUACUGAACUUGACAUUUUGAAAGAAUUUUGCUUUCAAAGAUUGAAGGCGUAUGAAAAUAGAAAAAGCUAUUUAAUUUCCAAAUUAGAAAAAGAAAAAAAAAUUAUUUCAAAUAAGAGCAAAUUCAUUCUAGCAAUUGUUAAUAAUGAGCUUAUUGUUAAUAAAAAAAAAAAAAAAGUUCUUGUAGAAGAAUUGUAUAGAAAAGGCUAUGAUCCAUAUAAAGACAUUAACAAAAUUAAGAAGGAAGAAAUUUUUGAACAAGAAUUACAAGAAGCUGCUGAAAAUCCAGAUGAUAAUGAAGAAAUUAUAGCAGGAAUUUCAGUCAAAGAUUAUGACUAUUUAUUAAGUAUGCCCAUAUUCAGUCUUACCCUUGAAAAGGUUGAAGAACUGCUAACUCAACAUAAAGAAAAAGAAAGAGAAUUAGAAAUUUUGAGAAAUAUUACUGUUGAGACGAUGUGGUUAAAGGAUAUUGAAAAAGUAGAAGAAGCAAUUGAAUUCCAGAGAAAUGUAGAACUAGCCAAUAGAGAAGAAAGUAACAGAUUUAAAGUUGCCAAAAAACAAAAUGCAAAUGCUUUCAGAAAAAAAAAAAAAAAAAAAAAAUUAUCCAGUGAUGAAGAAUCUGAAGGUGAUUCAUCUGAUAGUAGUGAAUUCUUAAUUCACACACUUAACAUUAAAAAAAAUAAAAAGCCACCAAACAAUAAUGCUACUAGUAGUACUACAAGAAAAAGAUUAAAGAAAAUAGAUGAUACUAAUGAGACUCCUAUUUUAGUAAAUGACGAUUUAGAUAAUAGUGUAUCUUACUCUAAGGCAGCUGAUGAUUUACUUUCAAGCAAUUUUGAUGUAACACCCAUGUUAAAUAAAAACAUAACUAAUUAUGACUCAGAUGCUAGUCUCAUAACUAAUCAAAAUAAUCUUAAUAGUACUAAUCGAGCUACAAAAAAUAAUAUAAGAAAUAGUAGUAGUAAGCAAUCAAGAAAAAAAAAGGCAUCCUCUCCAGAUUUGUCAUUAGAAAGUAGUGACAUUAACGUUAAGGCAAAUAAUUCCGGUGCAGGCAAUAACAUCCUUGACAAGACACCCAAUAAACCUCUAGGCAUCAAUGAGAAUAUUACAAUUUCUCCUAACAGCACCAUAAACAUCAACGAAUUCUCUGGAAUCAAAAGCAAGCUCCUUGAGCUUGAAAAUAAGAAGAAGCCUCGCUUGACCUUGGCUGAGAAGGUUAAGCAGAAGAACAAUGAGAAAAAAACAACUCCAGCGAAGGAAAGUAUCGGUGGAAAAACUCCAUCCCAAAGAAAAAAAAGCAAUUUACUGGAUAGUUCAAAGUCCAAAAAAGGAUCUAAGUUUGACAGCGACGAUUCAAGUAAAGAUUUUGUUUCAUCAGAUGACAGUGAUAGCUCAUACAAUAUCUAA